CUAAGAGAUUUCUCAGGGUGCUGGAAACAUCUGUACUCCCCACCACAGAGUCACAGAGUCUUUUAGGUUGGAAAAGACAGUGGAGAUUAUUGAGUUCAACCAUUAACCUGACCAUGGCAAGCCCAGCACUAAACCAUGUCCCUAAGCUCACAUCUGCAUCUUUUUAAAAUACUUUCAGGGAUGGUGACUCCACCACUUCCCUGUGCAGCCUGUCCCAGUGCUUGAUAUGGUGAAUAAAUUUUUGCCAGUAUUCAGUCUAAACCUCCCCUGGCACAACUUCACAACUUGAACUCUUCUCAUCAAUGGUCAAUGCUUCAAAAGAAAAGUAGCCUUUCCUGUUGUUGCUGACCUCAGAAUGACUAAAUGGUUCAGUUGGGAAGGGACCUUUCAAGGUCAUCUGGUCCCACCCCCUGCUCAAGCCAGGCCACCUACAACCUGGUCCACCUACAACCCAGAACUGUGUCCACGCCACUCUCCAUUGAGGGACACACCACAGCCUCUCUGGCCAACCUAUGUCAGUUUUCAGCCACCCUCAGAGUAAAAAAGUGUCUCCUGAUGUUCAGAGGCAACACCUUCUGUCUUUCAGUUUGUGCUCGUGGCCUCUUGUCCUGUCACUGGGCACCACUGAAGAGUUUCGUUCUUGUUGUAGCCUCCCUUCAGGUAUUUAUACACAUUAAUUGGAUCCUAACCAAGCAAUCUUUUCUCCAGGCCAAACAGUACCAGAGCUCUCAGUCUUUCCUCCCAGGACAGAAGGUCUGGUCCCUUUAUCCUCUUUGUGCCCCUUGGGAAGAUUCUCCUCAGUAUGUCCCUGUCCUCCUUGUACGGAUGCUGCUGAGAUGUUGCCUUGGAAGGACUUGAGGAAUGCCAGCUCUCAGGGCCUGCCUUGUGUCUCAAGCAAAGUCACACUGGUAUUGGGUAUAGACAGUUCCCAGUUUGAAGUGGAACUGUCCAAAGCUCACAAAGCUUCCUUUUCAAACCUGUGCUGUCCACAUCUACAUCCUGUCUCACACCAGAUGGGCUGCCAGUUUGCCAUAGCCAUUGCUUUAUCCCACUUUUCAUCUUGUACUCUCACUAUUCACCUUUUUUGCCUUGUGCUGUCACCAUCCUGCUGCCUCUGCCCUGAAGGCAGCUCCUCAGAGCAGCACAAAUCCUCCCAGUUCCUGCAUCAGGGUAACCACACCCUUUUGCAUUGGCAACAAUUAGAGUACCCCUGAACUUUGCGAUUAAUCACCUUUUCCAUUAGCAGGUGUUCUUGAGACAUCCUCCAUCAGGUUAGAAAAUGAAAGCUGCUGCAGUUCCGCUGCUCUCCAUUCUGUUGUAAAUUUGGUUAUCUUAGCAGCUGGAGAUAGAGGUAGCAGCUUCAUAUUUCUUGUCUUCUGAAUAUAGCCUCAGGCUUCCUGUUUCACAGCCCUGUUGUUCAACAGCCUGAUAGAAACAUCCUUUUGUGCACACUCCUUGCUUUGGCAUGGAGGCAAGUAGAUCACAAAUUUCUGCAGUUGAUGAGAGCGAGGAGGUAACGUAUACUUCUGUCAGAUUCUCUCAGACUCCUCCUCCAAGGCCGAAAGCUCCACAGGAGAAAAGAGCUCCCCAUCUGUGGUCAGCAGUUCUGAAGGGCUUGGCCAUAGGCUUUGGCACACUGAGCAUCUCCCUGGCAAUUGCUUUGAUUUGGAAGAUGAGUGACGGCCACCCACACUGCCCUCAAGAGUGGGUGGCCUACAGAGGGAGCUGCUACUCCUUCUCCACAGAGAUGAAGGACUGGAAUUCCAGCCGGGAAUUCUGCAGGGCACAAGGAGCUCACCUCCUGGUGAUCAAUGAUACCUUGGAGAUGGAUCUGUUCAAGCAAAUUCAAGCAGAACAUUUCUGGAUUGGACUGAGGAACAGUACAAGCUCUGGAUGGAUUUGGGAGGAUGGCUCUGUAUUAAAUGAUACCAGGGUCCAUGCUAACAGCCGUGUGCAAAGUUGUGCUGUCCUGAUGAAAGAUCAGUUUCAUGCCUCCAGCUGUGAAGUUUUGUUUCAGUGGAUCUGUGAGAAAACACUUAGAUAAAUCCCAUUCAUCUCACAACAACCUCAUCAGCGGUAUGAGUUGAUCAUUGCCUUGCAAACUGAAGCCUCAUACAGGACCAAGGACUUGCCUUUUCCAUACCCUCACUAAAGUGUUUUACAAGGACAGGUUUGUUGUCCAAUUACUCUCAGUAUAGAUUUAUUUUCAGUUCACAAGUGUUGGAUUACUGCUCUUUGUGACCAGAUGAGACCUGGGACGUAUUCCCUGACCUACUCUUUCCCUUAUUUAUCCAAUAAAGGCAAAUAAAAGCUUUGUCACAACAGGUGUCUUCAGACCUCUGAGGGGGACCUAGUCAUUUUCCCUCACUUCUAAGUAUCAGAUUUCAUUUCCAUUCCCUGCAAUUCCAUUGUUUGAUAUCAGAAGGACCAGGAAAGGAGGCCUGCUGUUCAUUGACAGAAACAUAUAAACAUAUUUCUCCUAGUGGCAGCUUCUCCUUUUGCAUGACAGUGGUAUGAGUGGGAGAGAAGAGGGUGAAAUGAACCUGCAGCUUCUGUAAAUCCAGCAGUGAAAAUAAAUCUUGGACUGCACUGAA